AUGGAUGAACAAGAGUCUCCCCAACUAGGAACCAUUUAUUCCAAUGAUGAUGAGCUUCGGCUCGCAGCCUUUGGAAAGAAGCAGCAGAUGAAGCGAUACUUCAAUAUCUGGUCCUUAUUAUUCAUGUCCUUCUGCACCAGUGUCACCUGGGAGGCCUUGACAUCUACAAUGGCACAAGCUCUCAUUGCUGGAGGUAGCUCUAGCAUGGUCUGGGGAUUUCUGGCCUCCGCAAUUGGCACUCUCUUGAUCGCUCUGUCUAUCAGCGAGUAUGCCAGUAUCAUCCCAACUGCGGGUGGUCAAUACGACUAUGUCACAGAGCUGACUCCGCAGAAAUUCAGACGGAUCUUCUCUUGGUUCGCGGGCUGGAUCACAAUCUGGGGUUGGAUCCUCUCCUGCGUGGCGGGCAUAUUUGCGAAUUCCAUGCAGAUUCAAGCCUACAUUAUCCUCUUCAAGGAAGACUAUCACUAUGAGCGGUGGCAUACGAGUCUGAUUCUCAUCGGUCUGGCCACCGUGUACACACUCGUCAGUAUUUUUGGAAUACGUUGGCUUCCAAAAUUGCAAUACUUCGGAAUCAUUCUUCAUAUUUCUGGCUACCUUGCCACUGUGAUCUAUCUGCUGGCCAAGGUUCACCCCAAAAAUUCUGCCAAGUUCGUUUUCGUCAGCUUGACAAACCUUACCGGUUGGAAAAGUGACGGUAUUUCUUGGUCGAUUGGCCUCCUCAGCAGCGCUUUAGGGUUUGUCGGAUGGGAUUCGUCCUCUCAUAUGGCGGAAGAAAUGAAGUAUGCUGCUCGUGAUCUCCCUCGCACAAUGUAUGGUUGUGUGCUCACAACAGGAAUCUUGACCUUCCCGUGGGUGAUUGCUCUCAUGUUCUGUGUUACAGAUAUUGGAGGCCUCUUGAGCGGCCCGGUUGGGCUUAUUUCGCCCCUAACCCAGCUCAUGUACAAUGUUUCUGGCGGUGAACUGAGUGGCACUCUUGGAAUGACGAUCUUUUUCCUUCUCCUGAGCAGCUUUGUUGCUGGGCCAAGUGUCCUCACCGCGACAUCAAGAAUUGUAUGGUCUUUCGCCAGGGAAGGAGGGAUGCCUAAGUUCCUGGCCCAAAUUGACAACACGCAAGAGGUCCCGGUCAAUGCUUUGCUCUUCACUUGGUUGAGUGUUUGCGGCCUCGCGUGCAUUUACAUUGGGAAUUCAACAGCAUUCUAUGGACUCGCUUCCGGCUGUACAGUAGUUCUCGUCUUCAGUUACCUCUUUCCCAUACUUAUUCACGUCAUCUGGGGCCUGAAGGCUAAUGGACUGAAGCCAGGUCCGUUUAGCUUGGGUAAAUGGAGCAGACCCAUCAACAUUGCUGCACUGGCUUGGGGGGCCUAUCUCACAACCUUUUUGUGCUUUCCUACGGUCAUGCCAGUGAGCGCCACAAAUAUGAACUAUUCAUGCUUGGUACUAGGUUUUGCAUUUGUGCUUGCAACGGUCACCUGGCUCGCAUAUGGCAGUCGAACAUAUCGCGCAGCUGCCCAAGAGGUGGACAUUCCAACUACGAAAGUUGCAGAGGUGCUUGUCGAGGAAAAUGCAGAGCACCAUCAUGUAUCAAAGUGCAUGGAUAGUUAG